AGCUUGCAACCGAAUCGAGGGUGACCACAACGCCGACCAAAUCAUGACCCGGCAGGCUGUGCACGCCGCCGUAUGGCGCGCUACGCCAGCCGCCGCCCAAUGCCUCGGCGGGAGCCUCAAUGUCAGCAUCAACGUCAACAGACGGGCAGCUCGCGCGGCUUUCUCCACGACAGCAGCACAGUCCGAAGACCGCCCCAGCGGCCGCCAGCGCUCCGAGGCCGCAGCCCAGAAGAUCGCCAUGCUAGGCAAUAAGCAGAUGAAUGCGCAGAGCGGGCAGUUAGAAUCAGCUGGUCCCAUGAGCCGAGAACGUCCAUCGCAACCGCGGGCCAAGGGCCCCAUCGAUGCCCGCGCUCUGAGCGCUACUUCCAAACCGCUGGGCUCUGGCGGUCUCGUCGCGCCCAAGAUUCUCAAUCUACGCAGCAUCCGCGGCAUGGGCGGUGCGCGCUUCGCCGGGCCCGGGCGUGGAGCAGGGCCGGGAGAGCAAGCGGGGCCCGGCCGCACGACACGGUUCGGGUCCGGGGGGUUUGGAGUCCGCGGUGGCAGACUUGGAGGCGCAGCGGGCGGCAGAGCCGGGCUAGGAAGAAGCGGAGGAAGACCCUCCGGAAUGCGAAGGACGCGGAGCAAGGGGGCAAAGCCACGCGACGAGGGCGGAAAGGACGACGAAGCGGACAGGAACUGGAAGAAGCUGACGCCCGAGGAAAAGGCCAUCGUGGACCGGCUUGAGAAGGGCGAGGAGGUGCGGUUCGACCCCAAGCUGACGCUCGACUCGCUGAGCGGGUACGGCGCGGCCAUCGCGUCCGACUCUCCGCUGGGCCAGGUCGAGACGGCCAUCCGCGAGAUGCGCGUCAUGACGGGCGGCAUGGCCUUCAACGCCGACUCGGGUGGCGUCACGGCCGACAUCACGGCCAUCUUGAAGCGCUACGAGAAGAAGCAGCCCAUCUUUGUGCACAGCACGGCCGAAAAGGAGUGGAUUGAGAGAGCCAAGCCAAAGCACCACCUCGUCGGGCCCAAACCUGAGAUUAAGAAGGCCAUUAUCGAAACCGCCAUUCGCGGCAAGUACGAGCAGCCGCCCGGGUUCGCUCCGAUAGGCGAUCCUAAGGCGGCCGUCGCCAACUACGUCAGCCGCACCUUUACCUACAGGGCGACAGAUUCAGAAAAGUUUAUGAACAAGCUUGCUUCUCUGCUGCCGGCCGCUGCGGCCGGUGGAAAGCCGGCUUCCCAGGCCAAGCAGGCUUGAUGGAGACGGGAAGGGGGUGGUUUGAGGGAAAGGCCCGCUGCGCAUGUAGGCUCCGAUUGUCGUGAGCCUAGUGUGCAUCCCAUACUGUAACAAUACACGUCCUAAGUUGUUCAUUUUACACUGCUAGUUGUAUUGUACAAAGGCAUCUAUCCAUAUACAGACGGUUUACCUUG